AUGCCGCCAGUACAGUUCUGGAAGCCUGGAACCGCCGCUCCCGGUAGCUCCGUGGACCGAGCAAGCGAAGCCGAAGGGUCGUUGGCAGCCACCUCAUCGCGAGCGGCCAACCUCUCUAUCGAUGCGCAGAGGCAGAGGCUGCCAAUUUACAAGCACAGGCAGAAGCUGCUGUGGUGUGUGGAGCGGUAUAAGGUGAUGAUCGUUGUCGGGCAGACGGGAUGCGGGAAAUCGACCCAGAUACCGCAGUACCUACAUGAAGCAGGAUGGACAUCUGAGAAUAUGGUGGUGGCUUGUACUCAGCCCAGAAGGGUCGCGGCGACUAGUGUGGCCACGAGAGUAGCAGAGGAAGUGGGAAGUGUGCUCGGGGACGAGGUCGGAUACACUAUUCGAUUCGAAGAUCUAUCAUCUCCUGCUCGGACACGGAUAAAAUACCUGACGGACGGGAUGCUGUUCAGGGAGUGUAUGACAGACCCGCUGCUUAGCAAGUACAGCGUGAUCAUGAUCGAUGAAGCUCACGAGAGAGGGGCGUACACUGAUCUCUUGCUUGGACUGCUGAAGAAGAUCAUGAAGAAGCGACCAGAAUUGCGGGUCAUCAUCUCCUCAGCCACUAUAGACGCACAAGACUUCUUAGAGUACUUUAACAGUAACGCGGACAGCGCGGACCGCUCGAAGGAUGACGCUAUCAUCGUUUCACUCGAAGGCCGAAUGUUCCCGGUUGAGGUGUGCUAUCUGAAAGAACCAUGUCAGGACUAUGCCGAAGCGGCUGUCCAGACAGUCUUCGAUAUACAUCUGCGGGAACCAGCAGGCGAUGUGCUGGUCUUUUUGACGGGAAGAGAGGAGAUUGACCAGGUCAUUCAGACCCUGUCAGAUCGAUUGCAGACUCUACCUAGAGGCUCCCUCAAGAUGCUGCCCUUGCCACUAUACGCUACUCUGCCGCCAGAAGAGCAGAUGAUCAUCUUUGAUCCGUCACCUCGCGAUACUCGGAAAGUCAUCUUCUCGACAAACAUCGCCGAAGCUAGUGUCACCAUAGACGGGAUCAAGUACGUGGUGGAUUGCGGUUUCGUCAAAAUGAAGACCUUCAACCCUAGAACAUGUAUGGAUGUCCUAACGACGACCCCCUCCUCCCUCGCCUCCGCAAAUCAACGCGCCGGCCGAGCCGGUCGUACUUCCGCUGGCAAAUGCUUCCGACUCUACCCCGCCUCCUUCCUCCCCACCCGUAACCGCCAUUCCCCUAUGCCAAUCACGACCCCUCCCGAGCUCACUCGGUCCGAUAUAUCGCUCUACCUCCUCCAGCUCAAAGCGCUGGGAAUAGACAAUUUGGCGAAAUUCGACUUUAUGAGCCCGCCGCCAUCAGAAAUGAUGGCGAGGGCGCUAGAGUUCUUGUUCUGCCUCAAGGCGAUUGAUGAGGAGGGGAAAUUGACGAGUCCGUUUGGGAGGCGAAUGGCGGAGGUUCCGCUGGAUCCGAUGAUGGCUGCUAUACUGCUGAAUAGCCAGGAGCUCAAGUGCGGGGAGGAGAUCCUGACUAUUGCAGCUAUGACGCAGAACGCCUUCAAUAUGUCAUCAGGAGGCAUGAAGGAGACAAUGUCAGAUCUCGAACGGCGGAAGUUCACGGCCGAGGAAGGGGACCACCUCACUCUCCUGAACGCGUACAACGCUUUCGUCCGGUACGGUCAAAAGGACAAGUCGUGGUGCGGCAAUCACCGGAUCAACCAUAAAGCUCUCUCGAGAGCCAUGUCGAUCCGAAAACAGCUCAAGAAGUUUCUAGAUCGGUUCGGGAUCAAGGUGGAAAGUUGUGCUGGGGAUGCGAAGCGAUUAAGGCGAUGUUUGGUCAGCGGAUACUUCAAGAACGCCGCGAGGAUGAUGCCGGAUGGGACCUUCAAGUCGGCGCGAGAAGGAGCUACGUUAUACGUUCAUCCCUCGUCGGUCAUGUUUACACGUCAACCCUCGACCGGUUGGGUCAUCUAUCACGAAGUCAUCGAGACGACGAAGUCAUUCAUGCGGGAUCUUACGGUGAUUGAGGAGGAUUGGCUGGUGGAGCUAGCACCUCACUUCUAUACAUUCAAAGGAGGAAAUCUGAAGAAACACUAG